AUGUCGGGAGAAGUAUACCUCCUGUGGCUGCUUUGGCUUUUAAAAACGCUGUCGGCGUCGGGCUCCGAGUUGUCGUCGGAGGCUUGCAGGGAUCUGGGCUUCUCCAGCAACUUGCUGUGUAGUUCCUGCGACCUGCUCGGGGAGUUCGCCCUUAGCCGACUGCAACCCGACUGCGGGCGAUGCUGCCAGCAGGAAGCCCAAUUGGCAGCGCGCAAGCUCUAUGCCGGGGCCAUCCUGGAGGUGUGCGGAUGAAAAUUGGGAAGGUUCCCUCAAGUCCAAGCUUUUGUCAAGGGUGACAAGCCAAAGAUGUUCAAGGGUCUACAGAUCAAGUACGUGCGAGGCUCGGAUCCUGUACUGAAGCUUUUGGACGAUAACGGGAACAUCUCCGAGGAACUCAGCAUCCUCAAGUGGAACACGGACAGCGUGGAGGAGUUCUUGAGUGAAAAAUUAGACCGGAUUUAA